AUGGAAUUUGCUCCAAGAUUGCAUAAACUUCAUGAAGAUGUACGCAAGAAUUCUCUGAUGUUCGAUCGACUAUACACCACCCUAGCCUACCGGGCACCUGAAAUGGUUGACCUCUACUCGGGUGUUGCAGUUGGGCCGCCGGCUGAUAUUUGGGCACUGGGAUGCGUCCUCUACGGCCUCUGCUUCUUUGCCCUUCCUUUUGGGUCGGGUUCAGCCCUGGCCAUCCAAACCGGUCGAUACACCGUGCCUGCAUCCGCUGCCACCUCCUACUCCUCUCGGCUACUCAAAUUAAUGCAUUACAUGCUGACGAUCUCGGGAGCAGAGCGACCAGACAUCUACCAGGUGGCCGCUCUCGCAUUUUCCCUCCUCGGACGACCAAACCCGGUGCAAAACGUCAACUCCAGGAGGGUACCUGACUGGCAAAAUCUUUCCCUGCCGACCACCGGUCUCAUGGAUGCCUCUUCCAAGUCCUCCUCAUUUUCUCACCCCAUCGCCUCUUCUCCUAUCACUACAGUCAAUUCAAGAGGGGAGUUCGCACAAGCUAUACGUACCUCCGCCAUAUCCACCUUGACGACAACGGAGACGUCGGUGACGACACCUACGAAGACGCAUGCAGUUUCACCGUCUAUCGCGCGUCGACGACCACGGGCAGUUAUGAACCCACCCUCAACGAUGAGGACCACUCCCGUUGGUGGUGAUAGUGGUGGAGAGCCACUUCCUAUCCUUGCCAAACCUCCCAAUCCUCCGCAUUCAUCCACUGCUUUUCAGAAUUCCAUCCAUUCGGAGGGCCUAUUGAAACCACCGCAGCAGCCCUUUGGCGUUACCGCAUCCACCAAAUCUUCACCUCUACACAGGGUCGGCCACCGACGAGGUUUGAGUGAAGCGUCAGCACUACUGCCGAACGCUGGAGGCGUUCGACAAACCUACAGCCUAGGUGAUCUUCAACCCAAUUCCAAAUCGACGAAUGCGAAGUGUGCUACUCUUAGAGCUAGGGUUAUCUGCAGUGCCGCUAACGAUAUCGAUGGAGACCUCUUUGGUGCAGCAUUUGACGCAAUUCGGAACCAUGGUGGAAGCACGAGAAAGCUAUUUAGUUCAAACCCUUCUGGCUGUAAAUCUUCCGCCCCAUUUGUCUUCUCUCUACCUCCUCCUGUCGAUUCCUCUACGCUUAGGAAUUUAACACUUUCUCUUCUGCUCAUUGCCCUCCUCCUCCUCUACCUAUCAUGUUCAUCUCUUUCUCCUCCUUCCCCUCCUUCUCCACCCUUGCAUUUGUGA